CAUUACUCUUCUCGUUAUCUCCGCAUGCUCGCUAUGGUUUCGACCUGUACUAGAAUCAGCCGGAAUGCGCGGCACAGGAUGCUAUUGCCAAUCAAGAAAUGUUGUGAUCUACGCUGCAGAACGUUAUCACCUCGUCAACCAUCGAUGCAGCAUCGCAGAUGACCUCGCCUCUCUAGAAGUGCCAUACUACUCUUUCUCACCCACAUGGAUACUGCGUCACGAGUACGACGACCGCCCGGCUUCCAUGCGUUCGCAAGUUGCUUCCCUCCCACCGACGAUGCUGCGCAUUGAGGUUUCUCGUACACCCCCCCCCAAUUUCUGGUGACGGUCAGCCUCGUCUCAGGCUCAUAUCAGGCUGUCUUCGCAUAUUGUUUGCGGCAUGUGGUCGACUGUUACUGCAUCGUGUCUCUAUAAGAGACCGUGCAUGCCAUUUGUUCCGACCCGCAUCGUCCAUCUGGGAGUUCCCAUUUCUCGCGAAUGUUGGCCGUUGUAGUCCUGCUAGCCUACGGGCUCGUAUUCUCUGCCCCGCUCACCUUCGCCCUUGGGACAAAAUGUUCUGCUGCAGUCGCCAGUGGUACAGCUGCAGCCGGUGAUCCGUUCUGGUUAGAGAACAUCACGCAUCAAGGCAUCUCUGCCUUCAAUGCUGAUCCGUCUUCGUACACCGUGUUUCGCAACGUCAAGGACUAUGGUGCCACAGGCGACGGUACAACAGACGAUACGGAUGCUAUCAACUCUGCUAUCUCCGAUGGUGGUCGAUGUGGUGACGCGACGUGCGCAUCCUCUACGGUCACGCCCGCCGUCGUCUUUUUCCCGCAAGGCACAUACUUAGUCUCUUCGCCCAUUAUUGCAUACUACUACACACAGCUCAUCGGUGACGCGCGCGUGCCUCCGACGUUGCUUGCAUCGUCGAGUUUCAGCGGUAUUGCUGUGAUAGAUGUCGACCCGUACAUUGCGGGAGGCUACGGCGCGCAAUGGUAUAAUGACACGAACAACUUCUAUCGCGACGUCCGGAACUUCGUAAUCGACCUCACUGACACCGAUGCCACCGAUGAUACCACUGGAAUUCACUGGCAAGUCGCGCAAGGCACAUCGCUCUACAAUAUCGAGUUUCAGAUGAGCACGGCGUCGGAUACUGCUCAUCAAGGUAUCUACAUGGAGAACGGCAGUGGUGGUUUCAUAGGAGACCUGGUGUUCAACGGAGGCAAGUAUGCCAUGUGGGUCGGUAACCAGCAAUUCACUGCUCGCAACAUCACCAUGACAAACUGUAACACCGGUGUCUAUCUGGACUGGGACUGGGGAUGGACCUUCCAAGGCAUAACAAUCAGCGAUUGCGAGAUCGGCUUUGACGUCAGUACCGGCGGCACGAACGAAGCUGACCAGACUGCCGGCGCCAUAUCGAUCAUCGACGCUACCGCGAGUAGCACGCCAGUCUUCCUGCAAACCACCGAGUCGAGCUCUUCCCUUGCUGGGUCGAUCGUGCUCAACAACGUCGCGCUCACCGACUGUGACACUGCCGUCGGCACCGCGAGUGGCGAUGUCAUCCUUGCAGGAGGAACGACGACCAUCAGCAGUUGGGGCCAGGGAAACGUCUGGUCUGGCACGAGCAGUUCGUACACGUUCACGCAAGGCGACAUCGCUGCGCCAACGAAGGCUAGCAGCCUCUUGAGCAACGGCAUGAUCUUUGGGAGGACCAUGCCCCAAUAUGCGGACUACGCGGUAGACCAAUUCGUCAGCGUCAAAACGCUCGGUGCUACUGGCGACGGCUCGACUGACGACACAAGCACGCUACAGUCAAUCUUCGACGAGUAUUCCGGUUGCUACAUCAUCUACUUCGAUGCCGGCACGUACAUCAUCACGAGCACUCUCACCAUCCCGGCCGGGACCCAGAUGGUCGGCGAGGCGUGGAGUGUCAUCAUGGGCAGUGGCAGCGCCUUUGAAGAUCAGAGCAACCCGACGGUCAUGGUCCAAGUUGGCGAUACCGGCUCCACCGGGACCCUUGAAAUCACGAACAUGAUGUUCUCGACUCAAGGCUCCACCCCCGGUGCCAUUGUCGUGGAGUGGAACGUUGCUGCCGAUACUCAGGGCUAUGCUGGAAUGUGGGAUACUUAUUUCCGUUUGGGUGGAGCGGCUGGUACUGACUUGCAAACUGCGGAGUGCCCUUACGGCUCAGAUUCAGAUUCCUGUUUCGCCGCCUUCCUUGCUCUGCACUUGACGGCAGAAUCAAAUGCGUAUCUUGAGGGAACAUGGGUGUGGCUAGCCGAUCAUGAUCUCGAUAUUAGUGCCCAGACGCAGUUGACAAUAUUCAGCGGACGAGGUAUCCUUUCCGAGUCUGCGGGACCCGUAUGGAUGAUUGGUACUGCAGCCGAACAUCACACGCUCUAUCAGUAUAGUCUUAAUGGAGCGUCAGAUCACUACAUGGGCAUGAUUCAGACGGAGACGCCGUACUAUCAGCCUUCGCCCGCUGUUCCCUCCCCAUUCUCUGUAGAGAGCACUUACAAUGACCCUUCCUUCCCAUCGUCUCAAACUUCCGCCUGGGCUCUCUACGUUCAGGACUCGACAGACAUCAUAGUCUUCGGCGCUGGUCACUAUAGCUUUUUCGAGAACUAUGCUCAAACAUGCCUCGAUUCGAUGGAUUGCCAGAGCCAAAUCGCCAACGUCGACUCGUCUUCGACGCUUUAUCUCUAUAGCUUGUCGACUGUCGGCUCUAGCUACAUGUGGAGUGUGUCCGAGGCGGGAGUCGUUCCAGAAAGCGAUAACGUAGAUGGGUACCAGUCCACUGUCACCGUCUGGACACAGUGACCGGUCAACGGUGCACACCAUCCACCUCUAUAUCUCCUCUGCUUCUACAAGGAUUGCAUACCACAGGGCUUCAUCUUUCUGUUGUAAACGUAUUCAUCUUGUAUCUGGUGGGAAACGUGUCUGUAUGUACGCGAUAGACCGCUCGGCGAUGUUCUUAUAGACUGAGAUCCGCCCGGUUCUUCAUCUAACUGCUUCUAAGGUUUUGAGUUGAAUUAACUAUUAAU